AUAUGGAAUUUUGAUAUAAUGGGAAAACUGGAAUUUUUGUUGAUUCCCUUUGUUGUGUUGAAUUUUUAUAGUAUAAAACAUUAACAAUGAUUUAAUUGUUAAUAAAUUUGUUGUCAUGGUAUUUGGAUGGUUCGUAAAACGCAAAGUAAUAAAUCUCCAAAUAAGAAAUCCAGAAAAAACGACACAGAUGUUCCAAGUACUCACCUGACAUUUCCCUCCACUUCAGAGACUUCAGUUCAUAAAAGAAAUCUGUGUUUUGUCUCCUUUCCCAUUAUUUUCAUGUUUAAUAUACUGCACUCGCUUUUAUACCAAAUAUUCAUCAUCCUUAAAUUUAUUUACUGCAGUUCUUCGAGCUAUCUACUCAAAAGUCGUAAUUCCACAUUCUCAGAUUUGAAUAAUAAACAAAGUGAGACCGUAGAAGUACAAGAAAUGUCGAAUAUUACGCCUAGGCUAACCGGACCGGGUCCCGGAGAUCCCCUGUUAGCUAAGCAAAAACAUCAUCACCGGCGAGCUUUCGAAUAUAUAUCAAAGGCACUCAAGAUUGACGAAGAAAAUGAAGGCCAGAAAGAAUUGGCGAUUGAGUUGUAUCGUAAAGGCAUCAACGAGCUAGAGUUGGGAAUUGCAGUGCAGUGCUGGGGAGGACGAGGAGAGGUCUGGGAAAGAGCUCAAAGGCUGCACGACAAAAUGAAAACUAAUUUGGCAAUGGCAAAGGAUCGCCUACAAUUCUUAGAGAGUUUGGAUAAUUUGGAACGUAUGGCUAUACAAAAUGAGGCUAAAAUUCUUCAAAAACCGCACCUUAGUUAUUCUAGUAGCAUUCCUAUUGUUAAACCUAGUAUUUGUUCUACAGCUACUGGUAAAAAAUUGACGGUGGCGGCAAGACGGCCGGUUGGUGUGAACGUGUCGAAGAGUCAAACGCUACCGAGAUCGAUGGGUUCACGGAACGCGCCUGUACAGCCAGUACGUCCAUUUAACAAGCAGGCGUCGACGCCGCCGGCUAUUAAGAAGCAGCUGUCAGUGCCUGGUAACAAUUCGCCAGCUCGAAAAGGUAGCUUACCAU